UUGGGCUCGUUUAUCUGCCUCUCUGUGUGUGACUCUCUCUCCCGCCCUCUCUCUCCCCCGUGUCAUCACAGUCACCCUCCUUAUCUUCUCCCUUCACUCAUGCACUUUGCCAUCAGUCAGGUCUGCAGGUCUGUACGGUCAUGCCGUGGUUGUGCUGCUGCUGCUGCUGAGAGACCUAAUUCAGACCCUCUGAAAGAGGAAAAGAACAAGGAAAACACGCAAAAGAGAGAACAAAAGCACUGACCCAUAGAGUUGAACAGUUGAAAUGGAGGUCACAACUUCUUUAGGACCCGCAGAAGCCAAAGAGAACUCUUCAUCACCAAUAGGUAACGGGUCCUGUGAGAAACUGGAAUGCUACAUGGUCCUCGACGACGCCGAGAAGAAAGCCAUCGGCUCCAUCUGUUUCCUGGCAGGUCCUGUCACGCUGCUGGAAAACGCUCUUGUGUUGGGAGUGAUCGUUGCCACGGCAUCCCUGCGGCAGCGGCCUUCGUAUCUGUUCAUUGCCAGCCUCGCUUUGGCUGACGUCUUUGCCAGCUGCUUCUUCACCACCAGCUUCCUGAACUUCCACCUCUUUCCGCAGGGGGAAGGCCCCACUGCCUACCUCUUCAAAUUAGGUGGUGUCACCAUGGCCUUCACCAGCUCAGUGGGGAGUCUACUGCUGACCGCUCUGGACCGCUACCUUUGCAUCCACCAGGCCUUCAGCUAUAAGGUGCUGCUGACCCGCCGGCGAGCCCUGCUGAGCCUGCUGGUCCUCUGGAGCGCCACCAUAUUCAUCUCCUUCUUGCCUCUGAUGGGCUGGAGGUGUCCCACGGGGCUUACUCCACCCUGCUCAAGCCUAUUUCCCUACAUCAAUACGAGCUAUCUGGCCUGCUGGACCAGCUUCAUACUGGUGAUUCUGGCUCUCAUUUUGUGGGCUUACGCUCUCAUCCUGUGGAAAGCACACCGCCACGAGUCCUCCAUGACCAGCUUCCAGGGAGCAGCAGGGACAGGCCAGGCCCGCAUGAGGAUGGAUAUCCGUCUGGCGCGCACCUUUGGCCUGAUCGUACUCAUACUAGUGGGCUGUUGGCUUCCUGCACUCUCCUUCAUGUUAGCUGAUGUCUCGGUGCGACUGAGCCGCACCCAACAGAGAGCGUUCGCCUUUUGCAGCACUCUCUGCCUGGUCAACUCUUCGGUCAACCCACUGCUGUAUGCACUGCGCUGUCGAGAGCUGAGAGUAGCUCUGCUGCACUUGCUACAACGGCUGUGUGAGAUUGGGAGGUGUAAAAAAUUUACCCCAGGAUUACCCUCCACAGAAGACAUCAACUGUACUGUCAUCACUGAGGAUGAUAUACUCAGGACCAGAACCACCCGACUCAACUCAAUCUCAGAAGGGGUCAACAAUCCGAAUACCAGAAAAUGAGUUGAAAUGAAGCAGUAUUUGUACAGAUCGAUAAGUGUCUGGUAGCGUUCUUGGGAUGUAAAAACAGACAAAUUUCACUGUAGAUUAAGAAUCAACUCAAUACAUAUGAGCAGGAUUCAUUCCCAUCAACUUAUUAGAGCUGGCAAAUACUUUAAGGCUAAAAGCUAUUAAACAAUAACUCAAUACAUAGCAAGAUUUAAAAAUAAGAUUCCAGAAAAUAUUAGCUUCAAAGUUCUUUGCAAUAGCUAAAUCCAAUACUAUUUCUAGCAUUAGGGGAAAUUGAAUAUAGCUAUUAUUGCUGCCAAUUUGAGCAUGUACAAUCUGCAGCUAUUGUAUGGCCUAUUUAAACCCAUUAAUAUAUUAAAUUAACAUUUAUUUGUUAUCUGAUAGGAUUUAAACAAAAGAUCCUUUAACACAUUGGUGACAAUCUAGCCUGUUGGCUGGACUCCUGAGAAGACAAAUGGCAUCCCAGCAGCAGGCACAUCAUGGCAGGCUGCUAAUUAGGAGCUGCCUGGGUAAUGUUCCUUGGCUUUAGUGCCACAAUUGUCUUGCAUUGAGGGGUGGGGGGGUUACCAUUAUGCACCACAGCCAUUUCUAUUCCUCUUCAGGCCUGGAAGGCAUUGUUCAUUUCCUUUUAUGUCUGUCAUCUACUCUCCCUUUGACUUGAAAAGCUCCGCUGUGAGCAUUGGACUGGGUGUGUGGGGCACACUAGUAGACACAAGAUAAUUACCUAGAUGUAUGCACUGCGAUCCAGUGAGGCUUAUUGCAUGUGCCAGUCACUCAGAUUGGGCAGCAUGGUAGCAGUGAGGUCCUAAUCCUUACGCUUUUUGAAUUUUAAUUUAAAAAAUUGCUGGACGUCCUUGAAUUUAUUUGACCACUUCAUUGCUGUGAAAUGUGAGAGGAUUACAAGAUGGAGACAGCUGUACUACCCGUGCUAAGCCAGGCUAUUAGCUCCUAGAUUGUCAUUAUGUACUCCCCAGUGAUUGGAAAUCCAUCGCCUAUAGCACAGCAUAUUAUAAAGAGCAGGGUUACUUACUCAUGGUGCUAGCUAGCCCUCCUGUUGCUAUGAAGUGUACCGUCUUCCAUCUUGCCUCUAAGUAGUGACAGUGAGGAAAUCUGAAAUGCACGGAUGCAUUCCUCACAACCAGUUUUUAUUGGCAAGGAAGGGCUUGGAGAAGAUGUGAUGUGAUUUAAGAGUGAUCAAUCCUUCAUAUUUAAUCACUAGCUGUGUGUUGAGCCACUUAACCUCCGUUAAAUGGUGGUUAAAUCUCCUUAUUUGUUCUCUUUUUUUAAUGUCCUAGAUUGUCUGCUUCUUCCCAUAACAUAGUCAACUAAGGCUGGGGCAAAUGAUGUGUUAUCCCUCUAUAGUUCUGUGCUUCUUGACCUACAGUAGUCACGCUAUUUUAGUUGACAUUCAAUGGACAAUUUACCUGCAGAGGAGGUGAAUACUUUACCUGAAAAAUGAAAGUGAAUUGUAAGCUAUUAAUGAAGAUUAUUUUUCAUUAAAACAAUAAACUAACAUGAGCCAACGCUCCCGAUUUUGCACAAUGUGCCUACUGCGUCAUUCAUUAAGACAAAGUCAUGGUCUCUCGGCUGUUCCUGUUUUUGCACUGUAAGAAAAAAUGUGCUUCAUGGUUCACAUUAUUGCAAGAUGACGCUGGGGGGCGGUGCACACACCACUCAUAGAAACAGCCAGGGAGGGUUUGCUGAGAGCAUCAACACACACACAUACACAGAUGUAGGUGAUGAUGGAGAUGGUGUCACAGCUGGCUUCCUGUGAAAUGCAUGUGUUUCUGCUUCUGGUGCACUGUGUGAUUCUCAUUCUGGUGUGCAAAAGAUUUAUAGUGAUUGAGAGUAGUUUUGUUUCUGUGAAGGUAGAGGGCAGUUCCUGGCAGUUGCAGAUGCCUGGGGGUGAAGACAUGUUUUCAUGCCUCUGUUAUUGCUCACUCCAUUUAUGCAAUCUGACUUGCUUAUUAUGGUUCCCUUGCAGAGUAGUAUUCAUAGUGGCGCUACAGUAUGUUUAUGCUAGUACAAAAAAUUAAUCAUUUCUCCCAGGUUGUCUGUUCUGAUGUUGCUUAUUUAGCCUGAACUUAAUGUUUAGCCUGAACAUUAUGUUAAGAAUCCAACAGGCCUCUUGUGUGUUCCACUUCUUCAGAGUUCGUCUGCCUUGCUGAAAUACAGCACCGCAGCAGAAAGGGUGAAGUAAUGUAGAUUUGUCUGCUGCAGACAUGAGGUCCAGAUACCAGGUAUCAUACUCACCUUCACCCAGAAAGAGGCCCCUCAUGGGACUGGUGCCGCAAGCCUGCCUUUCUGCUGUGGUUUGCCAAGUGAAAGCAGUUUUGUAUUUAGCGAAAGGUCAGCUGUCAUCCCUCCCACCCGCCUCUACCCACACAGGCUUUCCAGCUAGUCAGGUUUGCUUGUGGUGAGCGACACUGUGUGUGUGUGUGCAGGCGAGACAUGGGGAUCUGACUCUGCCAAGGUAUCUUUAGGUAAUUAUUU